AGUGUUUACCCAGGCCAGCAUCCAAUAGGAAGAUGAAGUAUGGACAACACACCGAUAGAACUGAUAAUCACUGAAUUUGUAACCACUGCGAGGACAAUGGGCUUGGUUAGAGGGGUGCAAUAACCAAUUUUUACUAAUAAUAAUUAACGUUAAUUAUUUUCGUAGCCAAAAUAUGUCUUUGCAUCCCUGCAACGGUAAUCAUUUUCUAUCUCUAUCAUGCACAUACUGAAGCAGGAUUGUUUAAUUUCUGUUAAAUCUUUCUCAAUUCUCAUGUCGAAUCCAACAAAGAGACUUUGUUAGGCAUGUAGUGCAACAACAGUCCCUUCUCUAGACCGAGGGCUGGGUUUCAACAAACUAAAGAUAUGUUAAACUUACUGUCUUGUCUACUUGCUCAAACCCUGGCCCUACUCGGCGAGGCUUACUCUAUAUUCAAUGCAGACAGUGAAGACAGAGUAAACGCUGAAAAGAAGAUAAAGAAUCUAUCGGAUACAAAGAAAAACGUUUAUUAUUCUACAGGGAUAACAGUUAUCGCAGCUGCUACCCUAUUCCUCAUUGUCAUCAUCAUGAGAAUCAUCUCCUACGACUUGAGGAGGAGAGAUGCUAAACUAAGAAGGGAGAGGUAUAUGAAUAUCAGUGGUACAGAACUUAAGAACUUGAAAACAAUUUCACAUCAGACUAGUCCCACUAAAGGAUGUAACCAGCUUCCACCAAUACAAGAGUAGAAGAAACGGUCUAGUGAUGAACAAGCUCGUUACAAAGGAACGAUGUAUCCAGCUUCCACCAAUACAAGAGUAGAAUAAACGUUCCGUGAUGAACAGUUAAAAAGGAACGAGCUUUCCAGAGAACAAGAAGUCUUGCCAAGAAUUAUUGGACACUUAGAAGUUAGAACGAAUAAGGCAUGUGAAUAUGUAACAUAUAUUCAGUAGAGGAUUAUUCAAAGUGGAUAUUCCUUCAUGGAGAAUGAUGGGUUCAUUUACGGAAAUGCCUUUCUAGGUUAUAAGGGAAGCGGAGAGAAAGAGAGACUACACAACAGACACAAGAGGUCAACAGAGGAUGCUGCAGCUACUGUCAUGGUGGUUAUCGCAACUAUCAUCCUGACUGGUAUGGUAAUGAUCAUAUUCUUCAUAUUCUGGAAGAUGAGGAAACAGAGGGAACGAACCAUAUCACCUGUUCCAGAGACACCACAAAUCCAGAUCUCACCCCCACCCCUGGAGGACAUCCCCUCCCGACCGUUAACCUCCGGGGUACCAACAACUCUCAACUACACCCCUCCUCCUCAGACUCUGCAGGAGAUAUGUGCUGAUAUAGAGUCACUGACACGCCCCAUUGUAGCCGAACUGAAGAGUUACACUUCUCCACCGCUACCUGUUCACAACACUAUGGUGGCUGUUUUUAUGUUACUUGGAGAGGAUCGGAAGCUCCUGUCAAAUUGGAGCAAUAUUCUUAUACUCAUGAAAGGGAGCAGAGAAAAUUCGUUGAUGUCUAGGAUAAGUAACUUUACUGUGGCUGACAAUAAAGUUUUGAAAGAGGUCAGGAAACUGAUCAAGGACAUGACAUUUGAAGAUGUGCACUCUGCGGGUAAAAACGGGUCUCAUUUGUUUCGUUGGGUUUUAAAAGUUUGUAACGAUAUUGUAUAGUUCAAACAAUAAAGCACUCACCUUCAUUGGGUAGUUUUAAGGACUUAUAAGAUUGAGAAGCGAAACAUAAAAACCAAUAACUUGCUGUCCAAUGUGAUAUGUUUUCUGUAAAUUUAUUUCUAUCCCAAUACCAAGAUAGAUGCAUGAAGUAAACGUUUUAUGUAUUUAUUAUAUUUGUAAUUAAUGAUAAUUAUUUAUUUUCACUCAAC